AUGACGGUCAAACACGGCCACGACUGCCUCGGUGACGCUUUAGAGGUCGUUCCAGACGCCCUUCUCUCUCGGGAGACGAACCUGAGCAGCGCGCUGGUUUCCCUCGUCGGCAAGAUCGAUGGCAAGUCGCUUCCUCAGAGCCCCUUCGCAGCCCAUAACUGCUCGGGGACGAUUUGCCGAGCAAACCCUAGCUGACCCUCUACGCUGUCCAUCAUUGUGCUCCACUCAGUCGCCAUCAUCGACGGCUCUACCGCGUUCACACAUCAGCGCAAAGCCGCGACGGACCGGGCGCAACACAACGAGCCGAAGCGAGGCCGGCUGUUCCUCAAUGCGAUCAUUCGACACCUCGAGGAGAUCAUUGCAGCGACGGCAAGGCGGAUCCAAGUGGUCGUGGUAUUUGAUCAUCCCAUCCUUCGGCCCAAGCUCAAGCAGGACACCGUGCUCGAUCGCCAAGAUCGCCAGCAGCCGCAACAGCCUUCCGAAAAGUCGACCCCUGUCACCCACCCCGUCCCCUUCAUCACGAACGACACCCUCGCCGCAUGUGUUCACGGACAAUCGAGCAAAGAAUGGGAGGUCGCUUUUUGCCACGGUGACGAGCCAACCCGAGUCGCCACCUUUGUUCGCUGGUCCGAGCAAGGCUUGCUCGUCGUCGCGGCCCACGAGGCCGAUCCCCUCGUCUCGGCGUCGACCAAGUUUGGCCAGAUCUGCGACGUUGCGCUCGAACCCAACCGCGUCGUCCUCGUGAGCGCCGACAGCGACUUUUUCAUGCUUCUCGGCGCCGACCAAGCCCGUUAUCGCGCCGUGCUAUCGGGCAAGGACCAAAACAUCAGCUUGGUAGACCUUGCCGUGCUCGACGCUCACCCCGCGGUGUGGAAUUCUUGUCAGGAUUCGUCGCGAGCCUCAUCCUCGGGUGCGACUAUUUCAGGGGCAUCAAAGGGAUCGGGCCUGCAGGACUUGGAAAUUUGCCUGGGCAGUGGUUGGACGCGGCGACGUGGCAGAGUGGCUGGGAGCGCGCCGUAGAUGCGCUGCAGCUGGUCCAGAGGAACGUCGACUCGGAGGCGGCGCCGCCCGAUGGGAAGCGUGGAACGAAGCCGAUAAGCUGA